GGGGCCUGGCUGGAGAGCCGCUAAAUUGGGCAUCUUUUCAGAGAAAGCAGAGCCCACUGUGUAGAGCGAAGUGAAGCUGGCUAAACUGGGACUGAUGAUGUGGCGACCAUCACUUCUGCUGUUGCUGCUGCUGCUGCUGAGGCACGGGGCCCAGGGCAAGCCAUCCCCUGAUGCAGGCCCUCAUGGCCAGGGGAGGGUACACCAGGCGGCCCCCCUGAGCGAGGCCCCUCAUGAUGACGCCCACGGGAAUUUCCAGUACGACCAUGAGGCUUUCCUGGGACGAGAAGUGGCCAAGGAAUUCGACCAGCUCAGCCCAGAGGAAAGCCGAGCGCGUCUGGGGCGCAUCGUGGACCGCAUGGACCGUGCAGGGGACGGGGACGGCUGGGUGUCGCUGGCCGAGCUCCGUGCUUGGAUCGCGCACACGCAGCAGCGGCACAUACGGGACUCGGUGACCGCGGCCUGGAACACGUACGACACGGACCGCGACGGGCGCGUGGGUUGGGAGGAGCUGCGCAACGCCACCUACGGCCACUAUGCGCCGGGUGAGGAAUUUCAUGACGUGGAGGACGCCGAGACCUACAAGAAAAUGCUGGCUCGGGACGAGCGGCGUUUCCGGGUGGCGGACCAGGACGGGGACUCGAUGGCCACGCGGGAGGAGCUGACAGCCUUCUUGCACCCCGAGGAGUUCCCUCACAUGCGAGACAUCGUGAUUGCUGAAACCCUGGAGGAUCUGGAUAAGAACAAGGAUGGCUACGUCCAAGUGGAUGAGUAUAUUGCGGAUCUGUACUCGGCCGAGCCCGGGGAGGAGGAGCCGGCCUGGGUGCAGACGGAGCGGGAGCAGUUCCGGGACUUCCGCGAUCUGAACAAGGACGGGCGGCUGGACGGCAGCGAGGUGGGCCACUGGGUGCUGCCCCCCGCCCAGGACCAGCCGUUGGUGGAGGCCAACCACCUGCUGCACGAGAGCGACACGGACAAGGAUGGGCGUUUGAGCAAGGCUGAGAUCCUCAGUAACUGGAACAUGUUUGUGGGCAGCCAGGCCACCAACUACGGCGAGGACCUGACACGCCACCACGAUGAGCUGUGAGCCCACCCCCCCCAUGUGUGCGCUACAGCCUUGUAGCCCCAGGGGAUGACCUGAGGAGGGGCCCCCUUGACCAGGCCGCCCCUCCCCAUCUGGACCUGCGGGG